AUGGUAACAUCAGAGGACAGUACUGAAAUAUCUGUUGGAUUUAAGGUCAUCAAAAAUCAAUUCAAUAGACACUGGCGGAAUGAUGGUGAUCCUUCCAGGAAGAACACGUUGUUAACGGAGCGAAGUGGAAUGCGCAUGGCAUCUGAUCGAAAUUACGUCUAUGUGAUCGGUGGUUUCUCACCGUCGCGAGAAUCUUUCCUUGCAGAGGAAGUAUGGCGUUUCAAUGUUCUGACCGACACCUGGGAACUGAUGUCCAUCCCGGAAAAAGGUUUUCCUAAGGAAUUGGCAUCGUUUGCAAGUUGCUUUUUCGGUGAACCAGUUUUAUCUGAAUUUUAUAUGUUCGGUGGAACUGGAGUUCCUUUCGGUACGAGAACUUCCAAUUCAGUUAACUUACUCAAGCGCAUAAGCGAUGGAAAUUUUGUUUGGAAACGGCUGACAACCACUGGCGAUAUUCCAGCCAAACAGUAUGGUUCAUGUCUUGUACAUAAUAAUGGCAAAUUCUAUGUGUUUGGUGGAACGACUGGUUGGGAAUACAAUUUGGAAGUUCGCAGUUUGGAACCUGAAUUUAGUAGCAAAAAAGAUGAUGCAGAAAGAUUAGAACCAUUUCGCUGGAAAUGGACACUUCUUCAUGAUGGUUCAGGUGUCAAUGGUAGAUAUAGACAUGAAGCUGUAGUCGUUAACGAUGAAAUAAUACUUAUAGGUGGUGGUACACCUGAAUGGACCUCACCGCUUAUAGAAUUAUUGGUAUUCAAUACAACUGAUUGCAAAUUUCGCAACCAGCUAACUCUGCCUGACACCGACUAUGGAUAUCCAUUAGGUCGAUUAUACUACGGUUGCGUAAAAUUUGGUAAUGAUGUUUACAUUCUUGGCGGUUGUACUGAAAGAUCAGUGAUACGUCACUUGGUUGAUGAAAUAGUUUUGCGACCUAAAUUACUUCAAGAUUGCUGGAAACUUGAUCUGAACGAAUGGCGUUGGAAACUAUUGCCUGGUGAAUUAAAUCAGCAGAUAUGUUUCCAUGCAGCAACUAUUACUCCAGAAGGCUGUAUUUAUGUUUUUGGUGGUACUAUAGAUGAAAAAUUUGAAAGACGAACAGAUGAGUUGCAAAGAUGUUGGAUCACACCACCAAGUUUAUUCUAUAUUGCUGCACAUACUGUUGUUAAUACAUAUCCUGGUCUUUCUGAGCGUUUUCAUGAUUUAACAUUAACAAAUAUUUUUGAUUGUUUAUCUUUAAUCAGUUAA